AUGACAUGUUGGUUCAGUUUUCUUCUCUUGUUGGCAGCUCUCCCAGGGGUAAAGGCUCAAAUCCAGCUGGUCCAGUCUGGGGCAGAGGUGAAGAAACUGGGGGAGUCUGUGAAGAUGUCCUGUAAAGGAUCUGGUUAUACAUUCACUAGCUAUGCAAUCAGCUGGGUUCGACAGGCUCCCGGGAAAGGGCUGGUUUACAUAGGAUGGACUAACACAAAUACAGGGGAGCCUACUUAUGCGGAUAGUUUUAAGGGGAAAGUCACAAUGACCCUGGACACAUCCCUCAGCACAGCCUUUCUGCAAGUGAACAGCCUCAAAGCUGAAGACACGGCCGUUUAUUACUGUGCCAGAGGCACGGCUACAAACAAUGUGGAUACAGAUAAACUCAUCUUCGGGAAAGGGACCACUGUCACAGUAGAACCAAAAAAUCCAGGGACUUCCAGUCCAUCCGUCUUUGUUGUGAAAUCUGCAAAGCCAAAACAAAGCGAUGGCCAAAAGUUGACGGCGGCUUGUUUAGCUAAGGAUUUCUACCCCAAGACCAUAGAAGUAAACAUGAAUCCUGAGACAGACUUGGUAUACAAAUCGGAAGAAGGCAUUCUCUCUUCAAAUGGGAAAUACAGUAUGAUCCAGGUGGUGAAGGUUGACCCGAAUGAAGAAGUGGAGUGCAUUGUUAACCACGACGGAAAAUCUUUUAUUAAAAAGCACACUCUAUCAGGUACAGUUAUAUGGCGCAAAUGUGAAUUUUAUCAUCGCUUUCCAGACGCACCUCAUUUCAUGGUGCGUCAUAGUCCUGAAUUCAAGGAUACCCAUCCCUACCCAGAAAUGUUCGAUAAAACUUCUAAUGGGAGCUAGGGGCCGGAUGUCCAGUGGUGUUUCAGUGCCCAAAGACAGCGCCCAAAUAUUUUGUUUCAAAAGCACCUACGCAGUUCCUUCCUAACUCAUUUAGGGCCAGAUGUUUAAUGGUACUUAGGUCCCAGUGGGUGUUAGGCACUUAGAUGUUUUUGAAAAGUCCAACUAGGUGCCUAAAUCCCUUUAAAAAUCUCAACCCCGGUGACAUUUUAAAUAGCAUCUAGACGUCUAACACCCAUUAAUCACAUAAGGCACCUGAAGGCAUCUUUAGUCACUUUUGUAAAUCUAACCCUAGAUGGGAAAUGUGUCAAACCCAAUGUUUCUGUGUUGAAAAAUGAGCUUUUAAGAAUAUGAACAAAUUUCCCCAUUUAAUGUUUCAUGACAUUUUAAUCAAAGUUUUUAAGGAAACAUUCUCGACAAUAUUAUUGAAAUGGUGAUUCGAAUUUUCAGUA